AGCAGGCAGCGAAGGGUCAAGCAAGCUUUGGAGAAGGUCCCAGGCGUCCCCCAAGGCCCUGGUGUGCGCAGCCGCCCUCACCAGCCCCUGGAGGCAGAGAGCACCUGUUUGCUCUUAGGAGAAAGAGGCUACUCAUCCACCCCCAGGGCCCAAGUCUGUUUGCUUUGGAAACAAGAGAUGCCUGGCAAACAGUCAGAUGAGGAACAGGAGGCGGGGGCUGCCGAAAACGUAGCUGAGGAGGACCUAGGGGGCCUCACGGCAGAGGAGCUCCAGCAGGGCCAGGAGGCAGCCCUGGAGCUAGAGGACAUGAUGGCGCUAAGUGCCCAAACCCUGGUCCAAGCCGAGGUGGAUGAGCUUUACCAGCAAGUGCGUCCCCUGGGCCAGGGCCGCUUCGGCCGGGUCCUGCUGGUCACCCAUCGUCAGAAAGGCACCACCCUGGCACUGAAGCAACUCCCAAAGGCCUCCACCUCUCUCCGUGGCUUCCUGUACGAGUUCUGCGUGGGCCUCUCUCUGGGCACGCAUUCAGCCAUAGUCACGGCCUACGGCAUUGGCAUCGAGUCAGCCGACUCCUACAGCUUCCUCACGGAGCCCGUCCUGUAUGGGGACCUCAUCACCUUCAUCCAGCCCAAGGUGGGCCUCCCGCGGCGGGCAGUCCAGCGCUGUGCGGCCCAGCUGGCCUCGGCCCUGGAGCACAUCCACUCCCGUGGCCUGGUGUACCGGGACAUCAAGCCCGAGAAUGUGCUGGUGUGCGACCCAGCCUGCCAGUGGGUCAAGCUGACCGACUUCGGCCACACGAGGCCCCGUGGGACACUGUUGCGCCUGGCUGGGCCGCCCAUCCCUUACACGGCCCCCGAGCUCUGCUGCCCCCCGCCCCUCCCUGAGGGCCUGCCCAUCCAACCUGCCCUGGACGCUUGGGCACUGGGGGUCCUGCUCUUCUGCCUUCUCACCGGCUACUUCCCCUGGGACCAACCCCUGGCCGAGGCCGACCCCUUCUACGAGGACUUCCUCAUCUGGCAGGCGUCAGGCCAGCCUGAGGACCGUCCUCAGCCCUGGUUCGGCCUGACGCCUGUGGCCGACAGUCUCCUGUGGGGGCUGCUGGACCCUCACCCCCGGAGGAGGAGCUCGGUGAGCUCCGUCCGGGGCUACCUGGGGCGUCCCUGGAGGCAGCAGGAGGAGGAAGCUGAAGAGGUAGAGGAGGGGGACGGAGAGCAGGUUGGAGAGGAGGGGGGACAGCCCGAGCCCACCUUGCCUGCAGAGACUCGGAAAGGGAACCAGGUGGGCCCCACAUCCUGAGGUCACCUCUGCCUUCUUGUGGUGGCUUUUGGCUUCUCUCUUGCCUGUUUUCCCCUUUCUGCCUUCCUUACCUCCCACGUGGGCAUUCUGUGUCCCUCCUGUGGCCGGGGGUGGGGGGCAUCGCUGAGACAGCCACCAGUCUGUCCCACUGUCCCCGUCUUCCCCAGGGCUCUGGCACCUUUGCUCCCCUUGCCCGCGGGCUUGUGGCUCCUACCCUCGGCUCCCGCACACCCUGGGUGCUUCCGCUGCCCUGCUCAGCGAGGCCUGCCCUCGGCGCGAGGCCCCCCGCCCUGUGUUCCUACCACCUCCC